AUGCUUCUAUCAUUUCAGGGUAAUGAAACACAGAUAGAUCCGUGCUCAAAGUUUAACAGUACAAACAGUACAAACAGCACACAAAUACCUUGCAACGACGACAACUUUUUGCUUAGUUUUGGGAAGUUAAACAAUUCAACUGAGAUCAGCCAUGUUGGAUUAGUUUUCUUCACAUAUUUGACACCUAUUAUAUUCAUCGUAGGAAUUGUGGGAAAUAUUUUGUCCCUUAUGGUAUUUGUUACCAAAAACAUGAGAAAACUAUCAGCUAGUGUCUAUUUAGCAGCUCUCUCCACAGCAGAUCUUCUAGCUUUGAUAUCUUUUGUACUCAUUGAAUGGGUUAAGCGUGGAUUACGUGAAGAGUUCCGUAGUAACAUUGCAGAGUUUUUAGACGUCAAUGGAAUUUGUCAACUUACAAUUUUCUUGUCAUACGCCUCUCGUUUUCUUUCCACGUGGCUUGUGGCCAGCUUUACUCUAGAACGGUACAUAGGCAUAUGUCAUCCACUCAAACGUCGGGACAUAUGUGAUAUCAAUUCUUCAAAGAAAAUCGUAGCAAUUUUAGUUGUUAUUUCAAUAUGUAUUUCCUCAAUAAGACCAUGGCUGAAUGAAGUUCGUCAUAUUGGACCUGAUCGAACCCCGUGGUGCCUUCCGAAAACAGACCUUGUGACGGUAUCAUUCAUUUAUGAUUGCGUAUUUGCGGUUUGUAUAACAUUUUUGCCGUUUUUGGUCAUUACAACUCUUAAUAUACUGAUAAUUCGAACAUUGAUAAAAAGAAGCAGACGACACCGGAAGUGCAAUUUUGUAACUGAAGAAAGCAUCAUACGUUUUGAGUUUACUGUAAUACUUAUAACGAUCUCGAUUUGUUUCAUUGCUUUUAACUCACCUUAUGCUGUUGUAUGGUUCAAACAGUUUCAUCAGACGAGAACGAAAACAUUUUCAUCAGGCAGCAAAGUAGAUACCUUGCAAAACAUUCUAUUCUUUACGAAAACUGCAUACUUUUUGAACUAUUGUAUCAAUUUUUUUCUUUAUUCGGUCACGGGUGCAUACUUUAGAAAGGAGUUGAAAGCAUUGUUUACUUAUAGACGUAAGGUAAAGGAAAAUUAUCAAAGAUGCUCAGUCCAAAAUUCACAUCAUUCCAGUACUACACCAAGCUCUUGGAUGUAA